GUGGUGGUGGUGGCGGUGGUGGUGUCACGUUGUACGCAGCGCUGUGGUGGUGGGAUCUUAUAAAACAAACUGCAGAUCUCGCCUCUGCCCCUCUCUCUCUCUCUCUCUCUCUCUCUCUCCAGUUGCUGCUACAGCGAAGGCUGAUACACCAAACCCAAAACGAAGACCAACCCAAGAAAACUGAUUUCGCUCCCUCUCUCUCACGUUAUCUUCUUCUCGGGUGGUGCUCUGUGGCUGGGACAUACGGAGAGCAGAGCUGGUUGAACUCCGUGCUGCCGCCGCCGCUUCUCUUCCUACUCCCUCACCCUAUCUGACACUGCCGCUGCUGCUGCUGCUGCCACUACCACGCCGUGCUGCCGUCAACCAAACUGUGCCAUUGUUGCUUUUUUGAGGUAGACUUGUUGGCUAUUCAAAAACCCCCCUUUAGAACCCCCCCGUUCUCUUUGUCCCUCUGCUUAGACUCUCCGUUUCUGUUCUCUCUAUUUGAGGAAAGAAGAGGAAGCUGAUGCGAGGAAACUUAAAUAGAACAGAAAACAGCUACUUGGGAGCCAUGGACGUUACGCUGUUAAUGGUGCCCAUUAAGCGAACGGAGCACAUCGACGUCACCCAGAAGACCCUCCCGUGGGGCCAAUACCACCGGCACUCCGACGUUGCCAGACCAAGCACCAUCAGGAUCUUCUGUGACGACUACGACGCCACCGAUUCCUCCGGUGACGAGGGAUGCCGCCGACGCAUUCGGCGCUACGUCCAGGAGGUGCGCUUCCAGGCCCGCUUUGAGGCCGUCGGCAAGAGCAAGCCCGCUAGAAAGCGGAAGGCCGCCGGCCCCGCCGUCGCUGCGUCCAGCAGCGGCGAGGCGGAGCGCAGAUUCCGCGGCGUCCGCCGGCGGCCGUGGGGCAAGUACGCGGCGGAGAUCCGCGACCCGUUGCGGCGCGUCCGGGUGUGGCUCGGCACGUACGAUACCGCCGAGGAGGCCGCCAAGGUGUACGACUCAGCCGCCAUCCAACUCCGUGGCCCCGACGCCACCACCAACUUCUCCCGUCCCCCGGCCGCCGCCGCCGCUUCUACCGCACCGCCAAAGAAGUGCCUCUCCAGCAGCAACCUCACCUCCAUCUCCGGCGGGCACGACUCCAGCGAGGAGUCUCGCAACCUCUCCUCCCCAACCUCCGUCCUCCGCAGCUUCUCCUCCUUCGCGGUCUCCACAACAACGUCCAUGGAAGGCGCCGAGACGCCGUGGCUUCAGCCGGCAACUACGGACUCCGACGCGAGCGGCAGUAUGCCCACCACCGAGAGAAGCUUACCGGGGCAGCUCAGCGGCCUUUUGCCCUUCGACGAGGCGAUGCUCCACGACGAAUUCCACGACUUGGGAGACACAAAGCCAAGCCUUUUCGACGACGACGCGCGGGUCGGCCCAUUAGCCGGCGAUUUGAACCACAUCUUCCUCGGCACGGACCUCGACUUCGGCUCGUCGACGUGGCAAGGAGGAGACGAUUAUUUCCAAGAUAUCGUCGACUUAUUCCCGAUCGAGCCGCUCGCUGCCGUCUGACUCCGUCCGGCGGUCGCCGAUUAAUCUGCCGUUUUGUAGCGGCGGAAGAGAAGACUACGCCUUUUUUGCGCUAUCCAUCUAUUCUGUACUCUAUUUAAUAUAUUUAGUUAAUAUGGUUUGCCCUAAAAGAUCUCCGUGCCUUAACGGCGGGGAAACGGAAUCGAGAACGCCUAUCGCUGC